AUGGCCAUCAGAGAAGCGAUGAAUACACCGUGCAACUUUUCUUUUAAACAGGAGUCUAUAAGCUUUCAGUGCUUCAUGCGGCGCCAUGAUCGGAACGUUGACGAGUACCGCGAACUUAUGGCUGUUCGAGUUCUGGUCCAUAGGUUCGCCAGGAGAAUGCGGGUUGCCGUAAAUGAGCUACAAGAAGCAAGGAACCUGAUACGACAGGAGGUUGUUAAUAGGGGGUUUAUCGAACCGGAUUAUCAUUUCGAGCAGGUUGUCAAUUUGCGGCGUGACGGAAAUUCUGGACAGCUCAAUAAUAAUUGGGAUCUAGCAGUUUUUCGUAAAGGGUCUUUGAGGAGCAUUGCUAUUUCUUCCCUAGUGGAAGGCUUUAGCUUUUCAAGCUUGGUUCGAAUGAUGAAUGAACUACCGCAGGAAUUGGUUUUUAAUGUACACAAACAGUUUUAUGUAAAAGGAAAGCUUCCGGAGCUUGGAACUUUAUGGUCUCAGUCGGAAAUUUUCAAUAAACUGCUCAAGUGUAAAGACAAACGGUGCAUUGAGCUUCAUAAAAUGUACGAGGAAGUAAAAAAAUCUGUCACUAUACCUAUACCGAGCCGUCUUAUACGAGAAAUGAAAAGAAAGUCUGCAUCUCUUACUUUGAUGAGAGGGAAGGAAUUCAGUAAGCUGAAGCAGUUGUACGAUUUCGGGUUGGAAUUAGGGGAUUUCUUUCUUGAAUGUCUGACGUAUUCAUGGGCUGGAGAAGCUUUUCAAAUCUGCCGUAUGUUGUUUUCUAGCUUGUCUUUGUCAUCAAACAUGAAGAAAGAGGAAGAAGAGAAACUGAUGUAUCACAUGCUUGUGUAUUAUACUGGCAGUUGCGAUUUUGAAAAAGCCAAGGAAGUUGCCUUCUAUUUUGAUUCUGCCUUUGCUGAUGCAAAAAAGCGGGACUUUCGUACAAAUGUGGAUUAUGGGCAAGUCCUGAUUCAAUGUGCAGUCCUUUGGCAACAAAUGGGUUAUUACAAGAAAGCUAUGACUUACGUUGUCGAUGCGUUGAAUACAGUAGCCCGUCAAAGAUUACCAUUAUUGGUGAGACGUUUUAACGAGAACAAAGUUUUAUCCUAUGUUGAUGCAGUGGAAUUCCUGGAAGAUAUUUUUGGUAACUCUUCAGUUUGCCUUUCACAAGCUUAUGAGGAGAUGGCCUACGCUUUAUACGUGCUCGAAUACUCGACAGGGAAUUUUUCUCAGGCCAGUGUUUACGCGGAAAAGGCAGUAUAUUUAAAUAAAAUGCACUUACCCAGUAAUCACGUACUUAUUGCCACCAGUCGUCGUAUGAAAGUUACAGCGUUAAUAAUGGAGGAACAGGCUUUAAACGAAGUAGAUGAAUCUAAGAAGUCUGCAAUGCUGGAGGAAGCCUUGCAGUUGCAUACCGAUGCUUUGCAGUAUUACCAAAAACGUUUUGGUGACGAAAAUAUUUUUACUGCAAAGAAUUAUGGUAACAUUGGACGACUUUAUCAGUCUUUGCGAGAGUUUAAGAAGUCUGAAGAAAUGCAUCUGAAAGCAAUUGAAAUAAAGAAGAGAGUCGUUGGCGAAGAAGAUUACGAAACUGCCUUGAGUUUGGGACAUUUGGCAGCGCUUUAUACGAACGACAUGGGACGUCAUAGAGAAGCUAGAGAUUUAUUUCUCAAAAGCGCUGCAAUUGCUACAAAAAUAUUUGGCGAGACAUUCACUGGUUUACAGUAUGAUUAUCGUGGUUUACAUCGAGUGUUUACGGAGCUAGGAGAGGAAGACUUAGCACAGCAGUAUUAUGUUAAAUUGGUCGAGUGGUAUGAAAAAAGGCGUUUAAAACGAGCAGGGACUUUUUUAAGAAUUUGGUCAGAUAUACCGUAUGAGGAGGUUAAAGAUGCUUCGGAUCUUGCG